AUGAGUCAGGCUCGGCAGGGGAGGCUCAGAUUUACUGACGAUGGUUACUGCUGGACUUUUCAAGAUAUGCAUCAGAUGCCACAAACAGGUGCCCAAAUAAACGCAGAAGAUCCUCACCCCUCUAAGAAGCCAAAGCGCCCGGACCCGCUGCCCGACGGCCGCCCGGACCAGCAGCCGACGGGCGCCCGUACCCCCGUGCCCGACGGCGCCCGACCCGCUGCCGAGGGCGCCCCGGACCCGCUGCCCGACGGCGCCCGGACCCACUGCCGAGGGCGCCCGGACCCCGCUGCCGACGGCGCCCGACCCACUACCCGACGGCCCCGACCCUGCCGAGGGCGCCCGGACCCGCGCGAGGGCGCCCGGACCCGCUGCCGACGGGCGCCCGGACUCCGCUCGCCGAGGGCGGCCCGACCCGCUGCCGACGGCGCCCGGACCCGCUAG